GCUGUCUGCUGAGUGCUGCGCCACCGACUGCCGAUUUGCUCGCACUAUAAAAUAUAAAAGUGAGCAGCCGUUUGAAAAUCGAUGCAUUCACACACUACACACUACCGAAGCAUGUACAGAGUGUACACCCACACGCGAUUAAGUUUGCUAUUAUUUCCAAUCGCAGUUUUCAAUCACAUCUGACGACGGUGUGAUAGAUUAAUAAUCGGUGAUUAUUAAUUAUUUUUUAAAUUAAUAUAUAAUAACAACUUGUAAAGUGAUAAUAAUUUUUUUAUGAUAUAAACAUAAGUUAAAUUUACAUUAAAUAGUAAAGUUAAAAAAUACGUACGGUUAGUUGCGCUGUUUUCGCGUGCAAAUUCAAGUGCUAAUUUCCUUUUCUGCGCUCAAGGAGUCAUCAAACAUUCUAACCUGUUAACCUGGCAUAAUGUCGGAGAUAAUCAACGGUAUCCUCCGGAAUGCGGUCCACGAGCACGCCAAACAUGGUUCCGAAGAUGAUCAUGACCACGACCACGAGGACGAGACCUCAUCGCCAGUGGUGGCCAAAGCAGUUGCGAUGGGUGUUUUAUUCCUGACAUCGUUAAUUCUCGGCUGUCUGCCCAUAAAACUCUCCAAGUGGUUCAAAUGGGACUCGAACCCUAAAGGCAGCACUGUGGUCCAACUUCUACUGUGUUUCGGUGGUGGCGUACUACUAUGCACAACAUUUCUACAUUUGCUUCCCGAAGUUAGCGAAAGCGUGUUAGAAUUACAAGCGGAAGGUCACAUUGGCGACAUGCGAAUGCAUUUCGCUGAAUUUCUCAUGUGCGUUGGGUUCUUUACCAUGUUCUUUGUCGAAGAAUGCGUACAUUAUUACCUUCACCAGAGACAGAAAUCUGUUACAAUGGGAGCACUCAGACGAUCACUUUCCAUUAGACGUGGAGAUCAUACAGUAUCAACUACAGAAUUAGUUAAAAACAUGGAAGAAACAAAAUCGAACCCGUUGAGUUUUCAAAGCAGUACGACCACGAUCAAUAGCGAAUUGAAUCAUAAUAAUACUAACGGACAUAUUCACAGUCAACAAAAUGGCCACCAUAAUCAUAACCACAGCAGUCAUGAUCACUCACAUGCGGGUCACAGUCAUUUGAUUAUGGAAGCAGAAGACUCGAUAGUAAAGAGUAUUCGUGGUCUGCUUGUGGUGUUGGCAUUGUCCAUCCACGAAUUAUUCGAAGGUUUAGCUGUGGGUCUGGAGUCUUCAGCAGCUAAUGUAUGGUACAUGUUUGGAGCUGUCAGUGCUCACAAACUGGUGAUAGCAUUCUGUAUUGGAGUAGAGUUGGUCUCAACAAAAACACGUACCCUUCUCAUUAUGGUGUACGUUUUCACAUUCGCCAUUGUCAGCCCGAUGGGUAUUGGCAUAGGUAUUGGGAUCAGUGACACAGAAAAUAUCUCAACCACCAUUGCAUCUGUGAUACUGCAAGGACUCGCUUCCGGUACUCUACUCUACGUAGUAUUCUUCGAGAUCUUACAGAGCGACAGAAAAGGUGGUCUUAAACAGUUCCUGGCAAUUCUUGGCGGAUUCCUUCUUAUGUUAACAGCAACAAUAUUAGCUGGACAUGAACACAGCCAUGGCGGAGAACAUUCGCACGGAAAUGAAGAGGCCGUCACCGCAGCCCCUAUUUUGAGCGGCGUGGACCAUACCAACUUAUACUAAUCGAAUUGCUUUCUCUAAUGCAAUCAAUAACUUAACUUAUAAUUUAAAUCAUUUGAAGACAGCAAACUUUCGGAAUUUAAACAAUUUGCUAUUCGCAUUGCGUUACACAUGCGUGAGUGAGACGAUGGGAUGGCGAAUGUUAGUGGAAAUGGUCAUAGUGAUAAACUGAACUGUGAUAAUUCGUGAAAGUAUAAAUUGAUAUUAGUAGCUUUUAAUUUUUAAGGACGACGCGUCGCAUGUUUGCGAAUAACAAUGCCCUACGUUAAUGUAGUGUUUUUCAAUACCGUUGACGAUUAAUUAAAUAUGUUGUUUGCGCUUAAUUAAGGUGGUAAAUAAAUUAACCAUUAUCUGUUUAGUUGUUUUUUAAGAAGAUAAAAUAAAAAAUGAGAAUCGUGUGAACAUAUGUUGUAAAAAAUAAGAAUCUAUACUUUCAAUUUAA